AUGUCCGGAUCUACACAAACUGCAGUCAAAUUAGUGCUUUUGGGUGAAGCAGCUGUUGGUAAAUCAUCUCUAGUGUUGAGAUUUGUCUCUGAUGAUUUCCGAGAGAACAAGGAACCUACGAUUGGUGCAGCUUUUCUGACCCAAAGAUGCACCAUCGAUGAUAGAACUAUAAAAUUCGAAAUAUGGGACACUGCAGGCCAAGAAAGGUUUGCGAAUCUUGCUCACCUAUAUUAUAGAAAUGCACAGGCAGCUUUGGUUGUGUACGACAUCACAAAACCAGCAAGUUUUAUCAAGGCAAGGCACUGGAUGAAAGAGCUAAAAGAACAAUCAACUAAGGAUAUAACUGUGGCGCUAGUUGGCAAUAAGUUUGAUCUAAUUAUGGAUGAGGGAACAGGAGAAGAAAUUGAAGGCGCAAGGAAGGUCUCCAUUGAAGAAGGUCAAACAUUAGCGGAAGAUGAAGGCGCUAUAUUCUUUGAAACAUCGGCAAAGACUUCGUACAAUGUGAACGAGGUUUUUAUGUAUAUUGCCAAGAAAAUAUUGGAGAAGAUUGAUUCAGCCCCACCCCAAGAACAGACACCUGCUGCUUCUCAAAACAACAGAAUAGAUCUUAAUGCUCCAUCUUCAAAUGAUAAUGGAAGCACAUGUGCAUGUUAA